CUUCGCCAUCGUCACGUAGAAUGGAAAAGACACGAUGGAGAUUGAUCCGUACGUGAUAAAAACUAUGUCUCAAUGGAAUGGGGGCAAAAAUGCUAGGCAACUAUUUCCCGCCAUUAUGUCACCAGUAAAGAUUAAUGUCAUAUCGGAAAAAAUGUCCUUGGAUGAGUUUGACAAAAUACCUUUGUCGAAAUCUUUGGGAUUCUCAACAAGGAAGAAUUUUGGUCAAAUAUUGAAAGAAGCUAAAUUUGGACAUGAUUAUGUAGAAUUAUACAAUGAAAUGAUGAAAUCCAGCCAAGAAUCCAGUGGACUAGAAGAUAUUGCAGAAGAUGACUCUGACAUAGCAUCUGACCUCACGAGACUGAAACGUAUAACAGACAAUCGAAGACAUGCCCGUAUGAAAUCAUCAGUUGGCCGCAGACGUGCUCGAUCCCAAGCGCUGCGGAGAGAAAAACUUAAUAGUCAAAGUUUAAGGAGUCAUCGAGAACAUUCUAGACAUACCAGUAUAGAAAAUAAGUUUAUGAUAUAAUAAAUACUACAAUACUGCCAAAA